GUGAAUCUCUUGAGAACGAAAAGAGCUUUUUAAAAAUUUUAAAAAGACUUGCUAACCAACUUUUUAAGCUCUAUAAUACAAGUCCAACAUCAUUUUAUACCUCGGGUUCCCUUUAAGUUAUAUAUAGAUUUUUUUAUAUUUUGGAGGUUAGAAUAUUAAUGGAAGCAGAAGGAGAAAUGAAGACAGAAUGUGAACAAGCUGAAGGAACAACAACCAUACAUGUCACACUGCAGCAAGCACUGACUCAAAAAGAAUCUGAAGUUCUUUCUCUUAUCAUUCAAAACGAAGAAACUGAGGUGUUAAGUGCACUAUGUGAACACACAGAUGGCAUAAUACCAGGAGAAGUAGCUAGUGAAUAUAUAGCAGAACAUAUCAAAGGUGAUAUAGCUGAGCCUCCUAGUGAAGUUGAGAAUAAAUUAAAAGACAAUGCAAACAUGGAAGAGGCUACAUUGGAAUUAAAUGCUGCAGAUGUUGCUUGGAUAUCCUUACUAACUAAAUUUGAAUAUGUUAACGAAGGCCGAAUCCGUGGUUAUGUAGAAGGGGAGAAGGCGUUUCUAUGUUUAUGGGAAAGCUUUCAGUCCUCAACUAUGACAUCAUUUUCUGUUAGAAGCAGUGACCGCUUUUAUAAAUUUGCAGAUAAUUCUGAGGAAGGUGCCGUGUUGGGCCGUAUUUUAAAGGGUACACCACGUUGGAGUAGGUUGCCACUGGUACCUUUUGAUGGUGUACCAUUUGUUACCGUAGAUAGAAAGUACUUUGGAUGCAGGUUGGGUGGGAUCGAGAGACGUAACAGUAGAAAAGGACAGUGUAAGUCUUCACGAAAUGGGCAAACUGUAAAAGUUGGCUGUCCAGCAGAAGCCGAAGUUUUGGAGGUGUGGCGUGUUCCUGAAUUAGUGUUGUCUGAUCAAAUACAGUCUAAACGUGAAAAGCGUCGAGUAAAACAAAAGUUACUUGCCAAGGUACGCGAGUACAUUGCAGACGGAAAAUUCACUCGUCGAUAUUACGUCACAUUUCCGUUAAUUAGUAAACAUUUGAACCAUCCGGUGUUGGAUCCGGAGGCCGGCCAAUUAAAAAUACUCCAUCCAAAGAUCAUUGAGAAAAUAUACGACCUCGUUAACGGAGGCAUUUACGAGAAAAGGGUUAUCAAAUAUAUGCUGGAGAGUUUUGUGGAGGAGUUUCAGAAAGAUCUCGGUAUUGAAAUACAGAGCACUGACAGAGCAUUCCACCCAACUGACCGUGAUAUUAAUAACCAUGUAAGAAACGCACGAAAAGCGCUUAAUAAUGUCAGUUUGGCGAUAACUGACACUGCUGUCGAGAAUGCUGGGGACACGACUGUACCCGACGUUGUUAGUGACGAGACGUUAACUUAUAGCACUAAAGUUGUUGCCACUAGUUUUCCUGAAAUUAUCACUAGUGAUGUGACGUACGACAUUAAUACAACAGAACCGGAACAUAUAUACGAAAGUGUCACUGUGGCGACCAGUGAUUACGCCAGGGAUAAUAUAACCGAUACCACUGUCGACACUCCUUGUUACGAAAAUGCCACUAAUGAAUCGGAGAAUUAUUUAACGACAUCAGAAGUAAAUGCUGUUUCUAUAGACGAUAUUGUACAAAACAGUGUAAUAGAAUACUAUCAAAAAAGCAAUACAACCACCGAGGUGGAGUGCGCCAUGCGUGAUUUGUUGCAUCCGUGUAAACGAAAAUCGAUAAAAAGAGAACGGAAACUGUCGACAAGAUCUUCGAAAUUAAUUCGAAAACAGCGCGAUUUGAAGAUAUUAUUGCGGGAGGAAAUUCAAAAAAGUUUUGCGGUUAUAAACAUUUCCUUACAGGAAGAAACCAAUGAAAUCAAGUUAAACACUAUACUGAAAAAAGUAAAAACUCUCCAACGAAUGGUAGAAGGCCGCACUGUUUACAAAAGAAGUAAGAGAAGACAGGGUGUUCAAUCUAUGGUCAAUUUUCCUCCAGUCGAAGAGUCUUAGAAUUUUUUAAAACUUGAGUUAAGGAUCGGUUAUAUAUGACGUUAGACAACUUAAUCGUAAAAAAAUGUUGUUUCGAUUAACGUUACACAUAAAAGAAUGUAGAAUAUUAGCGUUUGUGACUACAACUCUGAUACUUACAAGGUAUAUUCCUGAUAACUCAAACCUGCAAAGAGUUACCGAGACAUUCAUACUUUAAUUUUACCAACAAAAAUUGAAAAAAAUAGUUUAACUUACACUCCAACAAAAAUACAAUUGAUCUUGUUAAUAGCUAAACAGGAGAAAGAAUGUUUCUAAAGAAAGGUAGUUUAAAAGUUUGGUCAACAUUUUCCUAUUGUGUUUAAGUUAUCAGGGGUGUUUUAGCUUAGAACACCACUAAAAUUAUUUAAUUUAGAAAAUGUUCGAGUUCUUAGGGAUUACUUAUAAGAAAGUAUUAAUAAAGUUCGAGUUACUGAUGGAAGUUCGAGUUAUCGGGGGUUUGAGUGGUUUGUCAUAUGUAAAAGACAAACCAUGAUGUAGUUGGCAUUUAAACUAUUAAUACAAAAAGCAGUGAAA